GGAGAGAGGGUGUAGGAAUUGGAAAUACUUCCUCCGGUUUCCCGAUCGCGUCGGUUCGCUUCGCCUCCUCCUCCUCCUCCUCCUCCCUUCUUCCUCUCUCGGUUCAACCUGCGGGUUUUCCGGCGCGAUGACAGUCGGGGCGAACGCGUAAAAGGCAUCCCACAGGUGUGUUUGCUGCCAACUGAGACGCGGCUCUCGAAGGCGCACGCACGCACACGCAGACACACACACCUGGAAAUUAGGCUACCAUGUGACUCGGCACCUGGGCGUGGAGAAACUCCAGAUAAUCUAACCGGAGAGACUCUUUUCUGUCGAGGACUUGCCCGUGUCGCCUCUCAGCGGGAGAAAGCGACAAAGUAGCCCGUUUUUCUCCGGAAUAGUGCCUUUUCUGAACCUCCCCCUCUCCACAGGACGCGCGGGGCGACUAAAAUGUAACCUUGCUGACGGACUUAUUUCUUUUUUUUGGUAUUCUUAUCUAACCAGGACGCUUCUCCGGUGUUUUUUUUUUCCUGGACUGUUCAGAGCAACUCUACUCUCUUCGCUCCUUUUCCUUCAAGAGCCCAGGCCCUUAAUGAAGCUGGGGGUCAACGGCGGUGUGCGGCUAAUUGGCCAAGUUCGCCCGGGGCUCCGGCUGCCUGUGAUUGAAGUGUCCAGCCAGCGUCCACUGUGCGGCCGCUGCCGCUGCACCCUCCUCUGUUCCACUCCAACAGCCAAGACGCUCACUGCACCCCUGUCGUCCGCCCCCUAAGAUGGCAAGCUGGGUCUCGCUUCUCCUCUUCCUGGUCUGCCAGUCAGUCUCGCACGCGCAGGAGGACGGCAGCGGCAUCGUGGAGUUCGCCUCGGAGACCCCCAUCAACAACGUGGUCCAGGAUCCGCAGACCGGCCGCGUCUACCUGGGAGCGGUCAACUACAUCUUCCAGCUGGGGCAGGACCUCCGCCUGCAGGCCCGGACAGACACGGGCCCCCGGGAGGACGCCCGCACCUGCACGCCCCCGGCCUCGGCCUGCCAGGACACCAAGCUCAUGCCCAACCUCAACAAGCUCUUGCUGGUUCACCCCUCCAACGGCUCGCUCAUCGUGUGCGGCAGCCGCUACCGGGGCAUCUGCUCCCUCCUCAGCCUCUCCAACGUGAAGCAGGAGCUGUACUACAGCGACAGCAAGGGAGAGAGGACUUACGUGGCGAGCAUAGAGGACAACGUGAACGUGGUGGGCGUCAUGUCCAACUACACGAAGGAUUCACAGACGUUCAGCGUGUUUCUUGUGGGAAAGGGCUACGGGAGCCUGGACAGUACAAAGCUCAUCAGUACGCGGAUCCUUCAGGACUACCGGGAAUGGGUCGUGUUUGAGAGCAUCAUUGAGGCAUCCACGGUACAGACGACGCCGUUCGUUCCCAAGUACUUGCACGACUUCCGACAUGCCUUCAAAGAGGACGGCUUUGUUUAUUUCCUCUUUUCUCGGACCCUUGACGGUACGGACAACAAAAACUUGACCUUUAUCUCUCGCCUCUGCGAGGAGGACCACCAUUACUACUCCCACACAGAGCUGCAGCUAAACUGCGGCGCGAAUAACCAGUUCAACAAAGUCCAGGCGGCGUACGUGGCUUCUCCGGGGAAAGAGCUGGCGCGAGCCAUGUCCGAGUCGGGAAUGGGAAUGUACGGGAAGGUGGUGUCGUGGAGUAAGGUUCUGUUCAUGGUGGCCAGUCCGGAUGACGACGACAGCAUCUCCGCCCUCUGCAUGUAUCCGCUCAACUCCAUCAACGAGCGUCUGGUGGACAUCAUCAGCGCGUGCUACAGCGACUCCGGGAAGAUUUCCGGGUCCCCGGCUGUGGACAUUCCCUACUCAUCGAAAACCGACGAAUUCUGCACAUCGAGGAUUGCGAAAGAUACUAUUGAACAAUUCAAGUGCGGCGCAGACUUUCUGCCUUCCCCUUUGGCAAGCAAGCCGAGAUUUGCCUUAAAGGCAGAGGCGGUGUUGACCAGGCCGGGCCUUCUCACCGCCGUGGCUGUAGCCGUGGAGAACGAUCACACCAUCGCUUUCCUGGGAAACAACCAAGGAGAGGUUUUCAAGGUGCACUUGACUGCGGAACCAGACGUGUACAGCAAGGUUCCCGGUGACACCAUCGGCGACAAGGUCAACAAGAACCUCUUCUUUGACCUCAGUCAGAGCCACCUCUACGUGACGACAGAGAAAAAGAUCACCAAGGUGCCAGUGCAGACGUGCCUCCAAAAGAAAGACUGCCAAUCAUGCGUGGAACUGAGGGACCCUUACUGUGGCUGGUGUGUCCUGGAGGGCAGGUGUACCAGGAGGUCUGAGUGCCGACGGGCGGAGGAGAAGAAUGGCUGGCUGUGGAGCCCCAGGCAGCAGUGUGUCAAGAUCGUAUCCUUCUAUCCCCCGAACCUCUCCUGCAAAAAGACUGACAAGGUGAAGAUCAACAUCCCCUCCCUUCCUGCCAUCGGGAUGUCUGACCGUCUGCACUGCGACAUCCAGUCUUUCCAGAGUGAAGGCACCAUGUCUGACUCUGGUCAGGUCUCCUGCGAUCUGCCUCCGCCUUCACGCAUACCACAGACCACCGACGACAAAGAUUUCGUGGCCGUCGCCAUCAAGAUAUUUGUCAACGACACCGUGCAGCUCGCCACACGAGAGUUCAAGUUCUACAACUGUGCUGCCACAGUGAAGAAAUCUGAAAACACACCGUGCAUGUCGUGCGUCGCCAGUCCGUGGGGCUGCCAGUGGAACACGCAGGAUCACACCUGCAGCGAUAUGGACGACGCCGUGGUCGGCUCCAACAUCAUCAAGCACCGUCAGGGAGCAAAGUGUCCUCAGUUUGAGAAUCCCGAUCCUGGGCUGAUCCCCGUCGGGUACAAGACUCAGAUCAGCUUCGAGGGGAUCAAUUUGAACCUCUACCAGGGUCGUGUUUUCACCAUCGGAACAGAGCUGAUGAGAAAUGUGGAGGAAGAGGUCAAAUUUGAGGAUGGCCCAUUCUACACUUUCAGUGGCUUCAAUUUUUCCUACGAUAAGUCACCGGAGACCAAUGUUCUUUUCUACGUGAAGGACAAGGAGUCUGGCAAGAAGAUGGACAGCACACUGAACGUGACGCUGUACAACUGCUCGAUGGGGAGGGAGGACUGCAGCCUGUGCAAGAACGCCGACAUCAAGUACAGGUGUGUGUGGUGCAGCAGGCAGAAGGCCUGCGUGUACGACAAGCUGUGCAUCCAGCAGGGGUCCGGGGACCCCUACAACACCGAGUGCCCCAACCCCGCCAUCACCGAUAUCAUCCCGCGCUUCGGCCCCCUGCAGGGAGGCAUCUCCAUCACCAUCCGCGGCUCCAACCUGGGCAUCCAUCAAGAUGACAUUAAAAACAUCACUGUGGUCGGAGAGCCCUGCAUCCAUCAGAAGGAGAAGUACUCCGUCUCCACGAGUGUGGUGUGUGAGAUCGGCGCUGUCGACGUCAGCAAGUCGCACUGGGGCGAGGUGGAGGUUGUGGUGAAUGGCAACAAAAAAGGAACCUCCGCCAUGUACUUCACCUACAGAGACCCGAUUCCCGAUGCGGUGACACCUGCCCGAGGUCCAAAAGCUGGGGGGACGCUCAUUACAAUUUCUGGGAGAUUUCUGGAUACUGGCAGUAAGGAGGACGUAAAGGUUAACAUCGGAGGGGUGGACUGCAUUGUAGAGCACUUCGGGUCAGAGAUCACCUGCAGGACAGGAGAAUACCGGGCAGAUAAGGUGCCCUCCGACCAUCUCCCCAUCACCAUGAAGUACGGAAAGAGUACCAUAAAGACCAUCCAAAGUGCCUUCCAGUUCCUGGAAAACCCCGUCGUGCUCGACCAUCACCCCAAAGGAAGCUUUGUCUGCGGCGGGAGGAACAUUGUGGUGACUGGCUCCGGUUUUGACCUGAUCCAGACCGCUGUCAUGACAGUCCAGGGGGGAAACACGUCUGCUGUCGAGGCCGCCCAUGAGAAGAACGACACCGUCAUCCUGUUCCGGUCUCCGACGGUCAACGGCUCCGUGAGCCUGCACUUCAGAACCUCCAUCCAGCUGGACAACUACGAGAAGGAGCUGAAGCCGUUCGACUACCACCCCAACCCCAGCUUCAACGAGCUGACCAAGAAGGUCAUCACCGAGACCAGCAUCAUCAUCGUCACCGGUCGAGGAUUCUCCAGAGCCAUGACGGCCAAAGAGGCUCAAGCGUUUGUGGGCGACGUUCAGUGUGCGGUCAACACUCUUCAGGAUGACAAGCUGUUCCUGGACCCGCCUUCAACCACGCCUUCUGCCCGCUCCAGACGGCAGCGCCGAGACACUCGACCCGAGCUGCUGGACCUAAUGAUAAAGUUUGGGAAGGGGGAGUGGGUGGUCGGCUCGGUGGAGUACGAGAAGAAGAAUGAUUUGUCGCUCUACAUCAUCAUCCCCGCUGUCAUCGUGCCCAUGCUGCUCAUCAUCAUCGUCUCCGUCUACUGCUACAGGAGGAAGAGUCAACAGGCGGAGAGGGAGUACGAGAAGGUGAAACACCAACUGGAGAAUCUGGAGGAGAGCGUGCGAGACCGCUGCAAGAAAGAAUUCACAGACCUGAUGAUCGAGAUGGAGGACCAAGGAACCGACCUGGGCGAAGGCCGAAUACCCUUCCUGGACUACAAGAAUUACACGAACCGGGUGUUCUUCCUCCCGUCCAAGGAUGGAGCCAAUGAUGUGAUGAUCACUGGGAAGCUGGACAUCCCCGAGGCUCGGAGAGCCACGGUGACUCAGGCUCUCAACCAGUUCUCCAACCUGCUCAACUCCAAGACCUUCCUCAUCAAUUUUAUCCGCACCCUGGAGCGCAGUCAUGACUUCAAUGCCAGGGCCAAGGUGUACUUCGCCUCCCUGCUGACGGUGGCUCUGCACGGGAAGCUGGAGUACUACACCGACAUCAUGAGGACGCUGCUGCUGGAGCUGAUGGAGGAAUACGUCCACAGCAAGAACCCCAAGCUCAUGCUGCGCAGGUCAGAGACGGUGGUGGAGAGGAUGCUGUGCAACUGGAUGUCUAUCUGCCUUUAUCAGUUUUUGAAGGACUCUGCAGGCGAGCCCUUGUACAAACUGUUCCGAGCCAUCAAGGCCCAGAUCGAGAAAGGACCUGUGGACGCCAGAGUGAAGAAAGCCAAGUACACCCUCAACGACACUGGCCUGUUGGGUGACGAUGUAGAGUAUUCUGUCCUGACGUUGCAGGUGCUGGUUCAGGGCGAGGGUCCGGACGUCACGCCCGUCAAGGUGCUGAACUGCGACACCAUCUCGCAAGUGAAAGAGAAAAUCAUCGAGCAGGUGUACAAGAACCUGCCGUAUUCCCAGAGGCCAAAGGUCGAGAGCGUCACCCUGGAGUGGCGCCCUGGGUCGACGGGGCAGAUUCUGUCGGAUCUGGACUUGACUUCCCAGAAAGAAGGAAGGUGGAAACGCAUCAACACUCUGGCACACUACAACGUACGAGACAACGCCACACUGGUUUUGUCAAGAGUGCUACACACUCAGCAGAACUAUGACCAGAACCAGGAAAACCACGAAGAGCGAAAUGCUCUGUUAGAGGACGAUAAAGUGUUUCACUUGGUGAGGCCAGCGGACGAACUGGAUGAAAUCAAGUCCAAACGGGGAAGCAUAAAGGACAAGUCGAUGACCAAAGCUAUUACAGAGAUCUAUCUGACACGACUCCUGUCUGUCAAGGGAACGCUGCAGCAGUUUGUGGAUGACUUCUUCCGCAGCGUGCUGUGCUCGGGGGCAGUGGUCCCGCCGGCUGUCAAAUACUUCUUUGACUUCCUGGAUGAGCAAGCGCAGAAACACAACAACGUGGACGAGGAGACCAUCCAUAUCUGGAAGACUAACAGCCUCCCGCUGCGCUUCUGGGUGAACAUCCUCAAGAACCCCCACUUCAUCUUUGACGUCCACGUCUCCGAAGUGGUGGACGCCUCGCUCUCCGUCAUCGCCCAGACUUUCAUGGACGCCUGCACCAAGAGCGAGCACAAACUCAGCCGGGACUCUCCAAGUAACAAACUACUCUAUGCAAAGGAGAUCUCUACCUACAAGAAGAUGGUGGAUGAUUACUACAAGGGCAUCAGGCAGAUGGUCCCCGUCAGUGACCAGGACAUGAACACCCAUUUGGCAGAAGUGUCUCGGUCUCACACAGACAAACUGAACACACAAGUGGCUCUCCAUCAGCUUUACCAGUACGCCAGCAAAUACUAUGACGGGAUCAUCGCGUCCCUGGACGAGGACCCAGCUGCCCAGAGUAAACAGCUGACCCUGCGGCUGCAGCAGAUAGCAGCCGCCCUGGAAAACAAAGUGACUGAUCUCUAACCCGCCGAGCAGAGAGGAGAAAGGGGGGAGGCACGGGGGAGAGAGGGGGGGGUUUUGCCAGUGACUACAGGGGCUUAUUUCUUCUCGCCACAAAACAAAACAUGGAAGUACGGAAAUGUGAAAAGGGACUCGUGUUGGGCGGGUGUAUUGUACAACGUGGCCCCGGAACGAUUUUCCUUUCUGUGGAGUAACAGGAACUAAUGAAAUGCAGAUAGAGGGCAAAAGGAGGGGAAGAAAAUGAUGGGUUACACUGUCAUAGGUACGCCUUAAAGCUCACUUGCCAAACCUUAAAGGUCUGCACAGUCACUCACGCUUCACCGAAUAUUGCUCCCACAAUGCAGUGCGGCAUACCUCGCUCUGAGAAUUAAGCCCUUCCGUGGAGCACUGGCAAAGGAGAUAAUCAGAUGUUCAAUUUCUCUCUGUGUAGAAAAGGUUUUAAGAGUUGUAUUAUAUAUUUUUUUUAUUGUGCAGUCUUUAUGCGGAAAGCUUUAUAAGGGAAAAAAAAAAUAUCUUUUUAAAUGGAUCACCUUGUGGUGCGGAUAGUGUUUUUAUUAGCCUGUGUGUGCGUACACGUCUGCGUGAAGUACGACACGUGAACAAGAGCACGUGUUGCCGAAUUCGGGUGUGUGUGUGUGUCGUUGCGAAUGUGUGAGUGUGUGGGAAUGUGCGUACACACACAGGAUGCCUACUGUCAGGCGCGAGGGCGACGAGACGCCUGCUUUCUGUCAUUUUAAUCCCCCCCCUCAAAAACCCAGUAAACACACUGGAGCCUGCGCUCUCACCGAGCUUUAUGACAGAGACCAAAGGGUCCUCGCAAGGACGCCGGUUAAUCUAGCAGCGCACAGGCUCAUAUGAAUGACAGGUCAUCGGUAGGUUCAGACACGUUUGAGCUCAAUUCUUAGCUUUUUGACUCAAAUCUGCUUCGAGCCGGAUCGCCAUUUGUGCUGGUGGAAAUCGAUAAUAGCACAGUCUGUCUCCCUUUAUUGUACAGUGCCAUGAAACAUUCCACUUCAAAUGAAAGCACAGGAGGACAUUUCAGAAGAUUUUUUUCUUUAAAAAGCAUUUCAGUUAAUGACUGUUUUUCAGAUAUUUCACUUUUGCUAUAAGACUUUUAAGUGUUGGCGAGAAGCGUCGCUCUUCCGCCAUGGAGCCAUGUCACUCAUAUUAGCCCUGCAAUAAUGUCAGUAUACCAUGAUUCACAAUCACCGGUUGCAUUAGCUCAAUACAUGUAUUUGCAAAUAGUAGCAAUUCAGCAAUAUGUUAGAAGAUGAUCCAAACUGAUUAAUGCAUUGUUUGUGUUUAUGAUUUUUAGUGCCAUUGUUUUUGUACUAUUCCAAAUAAUCGCCGAGCAUUCUGCCUCUAAAGCUAUAAAAUAGCUGAACGCUGAUUGCUGUUAAUAAUCUGCCAGAGACGCAGUUGGUACGUAAAUGGCAUGUUCUGAACAAAUUAUAGUGGUUUUAGCUUUUGUGCGAUGUUGGGGAGGCUGGGCUCAAUUCUGUACAUAAUUGUUGGCGUAAUUGGAAUAUUGAUAUGUCAUUGUCAGAGCCGAGGUGUCGACAGGGUAGGAAUGAGGGUUUGAUAAUUUUUUGGGCCAUUAAACACCAUCCCUAAAUUGUAGGUCUUGCGGUUGACAGAUGAUUUAAUUGUGCUCCCUGUAUCUGAUCACGGACGGGUGUGUGCAGUUGACGGAGCGUGACGAGCUCCGGAGACCCCAGAAUGUUAACGAUUCCUGCCUUGGCUGGAGAGAGGUUUGCACAGACCUCGAGCCCGCCCGCCUGCCCGCCUGCCUGCCUGCCGUCUCAGCGUGGCACCCUGGCAUCCCGACCAACAGCACUUGGCACUGCCCACUCGGCGCAGUGCAGAGUGGCACUCUGUAUAAUGGAAUCAGCAGGGGAGGCUUUUGAUCUUAAUUGCAUGCCGACUGCAGGCUCCAUCCUUGUCUCCGUUGUUGUUUACUGCUGACUCCUUUCUCACUGACAGAGUUGAUGCAAGAAGCUUCUUUCAGAGCCUUUCUUUAACCAAAAAUGUGCCUUAUUGAAUAGGAUACAUAUAUAUUGUUUCUAAAUUAUUCUAUUGGUAACCUAGGUGAAUAUGAUGAUGAUAGUGCUAUAGACACAGCAAUGUACUUGGACUUGUGAUUUUAUGUGUGCUGUCUAAAAUGCUAGAUGCCCUUGCUGCAGCCAUUUGCGUGCCAAUAGGCUGAAGACAUUUCAGUACGAUUUCUUUUACGGUUGCAGUUUUGACGUGUGUAUUUCCUUUGGGUGUCUGUGGUGUGCGCUUAGUAGGACUUUGGUGGCUAAGGCAAAGAGCCAAAAUGAUUCAGUGUAAACCAGUGGCCAAUGUGAUUUGGGUUUCCCUUGAAAAUGUCUGGCAUUCCUAAAUUAGUCUGAAGUCAAAAGGGUAUCCUUAUGUAGAUUGAAUAUAGCGCAAAAAUUGUUCCAAUGGUGUUUAAUUUUUUGCCCUGUGUUUCUAAGCUAUUCCACAGUGUGUACGAUAAAUGACUAUCUAUACUCGACAAACGACCUUUCUCACUGCUGUGCAGUUAUUAUUUUUAUUUCUUGUUUCCUAUACCAUAUAAAUCUUUGUAAAACACGUUGAAAUACUGUAUUCUAACUGUAUAAUCCUAUGCAUUGAGUCCUGGGACAAAAGAGAAAAAAAGAAAAGAAGAAAAACAUCAGAGAAAAAAAAAUGUUUGUGCAGUUGUCGAGACUUUUUUCCAUUUUGAAACUUGUGAAUGUGCUGUAAUGGUAAAAAGAAACUGGGAUACUCCAUUUUCAGUCCAGGACCAUUAACGGAAGCCAACGUUUUCCUCCCCGUCUGAGGCAGCUCCGAAGACGCUCUAUCUUGUACCUGAUCUGGUUGUACUGGAUGAAGUUAAUUUUACAGAAGUUGUGUGUGGACGGAGCAGUUACCCACAGGUUUCAUCAUACACUCCUCCGUGAAUAAACUCAGAGACAUAUACACCCUU